AUGAACUUCUUCCAGAGCUCUGGUAGCUCAGGCUGCGGGACUUCCGGUCCUGCAUCGUGCCAAAAUGCGAACACACCCGCCGCCGAUACCUGCUGUUAUGAAAGUCCUGGAGGCCUGAUCAUGCAGACGCAAGUUUGGGACACAGACGUUGCCGGUAGCCCCGAGGACAGUUGGACCAUUCAUGGUUUGUGGCCUGAUAACUGCGACGGCACUUACAUUGAGGACUGUGAUCCCUCUCGUGAUUACAAGAAUAUCGCCGGGCUACUCGAAUCGCAGGGUGCAUCGUCUACAUUGGAAUUCAUGCAACAGUAUUGGCUUAAUGAUGAUGGGUCUAAUGAAAAAUUCUGGGAGCAUGAGUGGGCUACACAUGGCACAUGCUAUAGCACACUGAAUGUUGAUUGUCUUCCCAGCGACAGCCCUACGGGUGCCGAGGCCGUGGCAUUCUUUGAGACUGUGGUGAGGGUCUUCAAGACCCUCCCCACGUAUGACUGGCUUGCCCAGGCAGGCAUCACUCCGUCAUACAGCCAGACUUAUUCGCUUUCGGAUUUGUUGUCGGCUCUCGAAGCCGGCUCUGGAGGAUACACUCCAACUUUGGGCUGCUCGCGAUCGGACAAACUCAGCUCGGUCAGCUGGUACUUCAAUCUCAAGGGCUCUGUUAUUGAUGGCGAUUUCGUCCCGAUAAGUACGUUGCAUGAUUCUACUUGCCUCUCGAGUGGUAUCCAGUACCUUCCCAAAGAAGGAUAA